CACCCAAUUACCUCAGAGCGCCCAAGCCAGCGACGGAGGCGGCGGCGUCUGUUCCGCUUCUGCUGCCUCUUUUUCUCCUCGACCGAGCGCUUUUGGAGCGCCCGGCUUCCGCGCCUCACGUGACAUAACAGAAUCUGAUCUACGAAACAAACAAAAAUGAGUCAUUUGCGGCUAAUUGCCACUGCCCUGAAAUAUCGUGGUGUUUGUUUUUUGGUGAAGAAAAAUGUAAACAAAAAGGCAUUUCUGCCAAGUCGGAGUUAUGUUUCACCUGGAGCCACAGAACCAUUCUUGAGUGGAAGUAAUUCAAGUUAUGUUGAGGAAAUGUAUUAUGCCUGGCUUGAAAAUCCAAAAAGUGUGCAUAAGUCUUGGGAUUUAUUUUUCCAAAAUGCCACUGCUGGGGCCCUUCCUGGACAAACCUUUCAAACUCCUUUACCAGACUUUUCGGAAAGUAAAACAUCACUUAUUCAAAGCCAUGGGCUGACUAAGUCACCUGGAAAAGCUGAAAAACUGGUUGAGGAUCACCUGGCUGUGCAGUCAUUGAUCAGAGCAUAUCAGAUCCGUGGACAUCAUGUGGCUCAGUUGGAUCCCUUAGGAAUCUUGGAUGCAGAUUUGGAUUCAUUCAUUCCCUCGGAUUUAAUCACUACUAUAGAUAAACUGGAGUUUUAUGGCUUGUAUGAAUCUGAUUUGGACAAAGUGUUCCAGUUACCUACAACUACCUUCAUAGGAGGAAAUGAGACCAUGCUUUCUUUACGAGAGAUCAUCAAGAGGUUGGAGAAUACAUAUUGUCAACACAUUGGGCUGGAAUUUAUGUUUAUUAAUGAUGUGGAACAAUGUGAUUGGAUCCGGCAGAAGUUUGAAACUCCAGGUGUCAUGAAGUUCAACAGUGAUGAAAAACGGACAUUGUUGGCUAGAUUGGUGCGGUCAACAAGAUUUGAGGAUUUCCUUGCCCGGAAAUGGUCGUCAGAAAAGCGCUUUGGUUUGGAAGGAUGUGAAGUAAUGAUCCCUGCUCUAAAAACCAUCAUUGAUAAAUCUAGUGAAAUGGGAAUUGAGUAUGUUAUAUUGGGUAUGCCUCACAGAGGAAGGCUAAAUGUGUUGGCCAAUGUUAUCCGAAAGGAGCUAGAACAGAUCUUUUGUCAGUUUGACCCAAAGCUUGAAGCAGCUGAUGAGGGAUCUGGAGAUGUAAAAUAUCACCUGGGAAUGUACCAUGAGAGAAUCAACCGAGCAACAAACAAAAAGAUCACUCUGUCACUUGUGGCUAAUCCUUCUCAUUUGGAAGCAGUGGAUCCUGUUGUACAAGGGAAGACUAAAGCUGAGCAGUUUUACCGAGGGGAUACUGAAGGAAAGAAGGUUAUGUCUAUACUUUUACAUGGUGAUGCUGCCUUUGCUGGGCAAGGGGUUGUUUAUGAAACCUUUCAUCUGAGUGAUCUUCCAUCAUAUACCACGAACGGCACCAUUCAUGUUGUGGUCAACAAUCAGAUUGGCUUUACUACUGAUCCACGAAUGGCUCGCUCAUCUCCAUAUCCAACUGAUGUUGCUCGGGUGGUCAAUGCACCUAUCUUCCAUGUAAAUGCUGAUGAUCCUGAAGCAGUGAUGUAUGUCUGCAGUGUAGCUGCAGAGUGGAGAAACACUUUUAAUAAGGACGUGGUUAUAGAUCUGGUUUGUUACCGAAGACGAGGUCAUAAUGAAAUGGAUGAGCCCAUGUUCACCCAGCCUUUGAUGUACAAGCAGAUUCACAAGCAGGUGCCUGUGCUGAAAAAGUAUGCUGACAAGCUAAUAGCUGAUGGAACAGUAACACUGCAGGAGUUUGAGGAGGAAAUUGCAAAGUAUGAUAAGAUUUGUGAAGAAGCUUACACUAGAUCCAAAGACAAUAAAAUUCUACACAUUAAGCACUGGCUUGAUUCACCCUGGCCAGGUUUUUUUAAUUUGGACGGAGAACCGAAGAGCAUGACUUGUCCUCCUACUGGAAUUCCUGAAGACAUGCUGACCCAUAUUGGAAAUAUAGCCAGCUGUGUGCCUCUUGAAGGAUUUAAAAUACAUGGCGGGCUUUCUCGGAUUUUGAAAGGUCGACUGGAAAUGACAAAGAACAGAGUUGUUGACUGGGCCUUGGGGGAAUACAUGGCUUUUGGGUCUUUAUUAAAAGAAGGUAUCCAUGUCCGGCUAAGUGGGCAGGAUGUAGAAAGGGGCACUUUCAGUCAUCGCCACCAUGUGCUCCAUGAUCAAGAUGUUGACAAGAGGACCUGUGUUCCUAUGAAUCACCUCUGGGAGCAGCAAGCCCCCUACACUGUAUGCAAUAGCUCACUUUCAGAAUAUGGGGUCUUGGGUUUUGAGCUUGGCUUUGCUAUGUCAAGUCCCAAUGCUCUUGUGUGCUGGGAGGCUCAGUUUGGUGACUUUCACAAUACAGCACAGUGCAUAAUAGAUCAAUUUAUCAGCUCAGGACAAGCCAAGUGGUUUCGCCACAAUGGGAUCGUCCUGCUUUUGCCUCAUGGAAUGGAAGGAAUGGGUCCAGAGCAUUCUUCAGCCAGGCCAGAGAGAUUCCUUCAGAUGAGUAACGAGGACCCUGAUGCUUUCCCACAAUUUGAUGACGAUUUUGAAGUUUCCCAACUCUAUGAAUGCAAUUGGAUUGUAGUGAACUGUUCGACUCCAGCCAGUUACUUCCAUGUCCUCAGAAGGCAGAUCUUGCUGCCGUUUAGGAAGCCUCUGAUUAUUUUCACACCAAAGUCCUUGCUGAGACAUCCUGAAGCAAAAUCCAGCUUUGAUGAAAUGGUAUCAGGUACCAGCUUCAGGCGUGUAAUUCCUGAAGAAGGACCUUCAGCUGAAACUCCUGGGGAGGUGAAACGAGUGAUUUUCUGUACUGGGAAGGUAUACUAUGAUCUUGUUAGAGAGCGGAAGAACCAGGAUUUGGAAAAGGAAGUGGCGAUAACCAGAUUGGAACAGAUCUCCCCUUUCCCUUUUGACUUGUUAAAAGAAGAAAUUGAGAAGUAUGCUAAAGCUGAUCUUGUAUGGUGUCAAGAAGAGCACAAGAACAUAGGCUUUUAUGACUAUGUCAAACCUCGUUUCCGAACCAUUGUGAACCAUAUUCGACCUAUAUGGUAUGUUGGCCGUGAACCAGCUGCUGCUCCGGCAACUGGCAACAAGAACACUCAUCUGGUGUCACUCAGAAGAUUUUUGGACACAGUUUUCAACCUUGAAGCAUUUGAAGGAAAGAUGUUUUGAUUAUAAUACAGUGGCCCAUCUUCUCCACAUGUAGUAUAUUAUUCAUGUAUUUAGGGAAGGCCAUGACCAUAACAGGAAAUAAAAAUCAAUGGGAAAAUAUUUCUUGGGAUUUUCUUGAGGUUGGCUCUUUCAAAGAACUCUGCUAAGUCUCUUCUAAACUACUGUGUAUGUUAUAAAUGCUAAGCACGCCUCUUAAUUCUGAUCCAGUUAUUGCUGUUUUAUGGAUUACAUCACAGCUACCUCUUGGUGAAGAGAAAGAAGAAAUCUUUUUUUUCUUUAAAUUUAAAUCUUUGGAAUAUUAAAGAGAAAGUGGACUGGUUUGCAUAUUUUAAUGAGAUUUCUUUUCAUCAGAUCCUUGUUUAUGUUUUACUGCAGCUUGUAUGAAUCAUCUCAUAUAUAGUUCAAAUAGUCAACAUUUCGUUUUAUAGAUUCUAUCCUGCCCCUCAGCCAUUCUUUGUUGAAUUCUUGUGUGUGAAUGCAGCACACAACGUAGCGGAAAAUACUUGCUUUCCAUUUAGUCACCAGAACUAAUUGUUAGAGUUGCUUCUGCAGUUUUUUAAUGCAUAGGUAUAAAGGCUCAUCCUUGAAGAUGUGUGUGCAAGUUCAUGUAAGAAGAGUUUCAUGCAUGUCUACUGCUUUGUUAAGUUUGAUACGUGGCAGACUUCCUGGUCAGUUAAAUUGACAGUACUGUAAAAACAGGUGCAGAAGUAUGGUAACAACAUGAUACCUUGUUAUAUUUAUUUAUUAUGAGGGAUGUGUUAAUCAUGUAAUUUUGAAGUUAUUCUGAGUCUCACCAUAUUGAAGGUCAGAAUUAUUUUUCAUAGCACUUUUUCACUUUGCAGUGUAGCUUUUAAAUUCCAAUUUAAUUCUCAAAAGGUUAGUCAGUAUAAUGUAAGAGUGGGUAGGAUAAAAUGUAAUAGUAAUAAAUAGUGAUAAUACAAUGAAAUGCACUAGACAAAUUCCACAAAUAAGUGGCACAACGUGGCAAAUAUAUGCUGCAGCUCCACUUUUGCAUAGAAAUUAAGACCAGGGAUAGCCAACAUGGUGCCCUCCUGCUAUUUUGGACCACAACUCCCAUCAGCCUCAGUCAUCAUAGUUUAUAGAAACUGUGAGAGUUUUAGCCCCUAACAUCUGGAAGGCACCACAUUGGCUACCACAGAUCUAGACUGACUAUCUUUCAUAAAGCUGCAAUGAACAGAGUGUGCUGAAGAUCCUUGAAGAGAAGAUGGGCAACAUAAAGGGUAGGUUUGAUGAUGGCAAGUAAGAAAUAAAUAAAAAUGUUACAUUCUC